AUGACACCCAACAUCGCCAUCCUUGGUUCAGGCACAUUCGCCAAAGCAUCUUACCUUCCCGCUCUUCUCGCUCUUCACGGCGACACACUCAACUUCCAUAGUAUAUGGUCUAGAUCGGCCGAAUCAGCCCAAUCUCUCUUAUCUGCCGCUCAGCAAGAAUCAUCCUCACUAUUACCAAAAUUACAAAGUGGUGAAGAAGGUUUAGAAGCUAUCUUAUCUGAUUCAGAGAUAGAUGGGGUAUUGUUAGUAUUGCCCAUAACCUCCCAACCUGAUUUAGUUAUCAAAGCUCUAAAAGCUGGUAAACACGUAUUGAGUGAGAAACCUUUAGCUAAAGACGUUAAAGAUGCGAAAGAGCUGGUAGAGACUUAUGAGAGGGAGUAUAAACCUAAAGGGUUGAUUUGGAGAGUAGCAGAGAACUACUCCCACGAACCCAUCUUGAGAGAUGCAGGUGAACUUAUCCGAAACACACCUGAAUUAGGUCCAAUCUUGUUUUGGAACCUGAAUUUCCAAGGGUUCGUAGAAGAUGGUUCGAAAUAUCAGAAAACAGCUUGGAGGACUAUCCCAGAUUAUCAAGGUGGCUUCCUCCUCGACGGUGGUGUCCACUGGACAGCCCUCCUCCGAGUCGUCCUCCCCGAAUCAGCUAGACCAUCAUCCAUCAUCUCGCUUUCUUCCCUCCACCGAACCCACUUACUACCUCACGAUACUCUCCAAGCCAUCUCUCUCCCUCCCAAAUCAUCAGUUACCGAAGCACACGGUCCCAAAACUAAACUCACCACAGCAGUAAAUGACGAAAGUAAAGUCCCAGGUGGGAUAGGUAAAUCUUCCCCUAGGGGUCAAAUUACAUUUUCGUUCGGUGGACCUAACAUCCCACAAGAUAAGGCAUUACCCAAUGGACUUAGAAUAACAUUCUUAAAUGCUGUUGUAGACGUUCAAUCCGGCUUCAAGGAACAAACCAACGAAAGGACAUUCAGUAUCGAGGUUAUACCCGGUGAAGGUACAGGUGUGAAAGCGUUUAAGAAGGAAGGUAAGAUGGAUGGAGUGAAAGUUGAAAUUGAUCAUUUCGCGAAAGCUAUUCAAGCCCUAAAAGAUGGAAAUAAGAUUGAUGAAGAUGCGGAAAGUAAUUAUGCGAAACCUAGAGAUUCUCUUUGGGAUUUGGCAGUGUUAGAAGCGAUGCUGAAGAGUAAUGGGAAAGAAGUCAAUGUAGAUGCGUAA